UGCACACCAGAAAGUACGAGACGCAACGCACCCAAUGUUCGCUGUUGCACUGUUCUCUUUCAGUAACUGUAUCCGUUUUGAGGUGGCGAUACGCAGAUACGUAAUAACGUUCAAAUCCUGGACGCAUUAGAGUUUCCACGUUGAACAGAAGGUUAAUGACCCAUGAUCCAGUAGGCUCUCGAAUCGCCCUGUCCAGCGACGCUCACCCUGGAAUUGGUGUGCGUCUCUACGGCAAACUCCUUCGCCUCGAGUACUUCACAGGGUUGGUGCAAGUGAUCUCUGCCUCUGACACCCAUCAUGUCUGCCCCCACCCCGUUCUCUGAGGGUGGCUACUCCCAGUACCGCGAGCAAGUGCUGACAUCGGCAAAAAAACUCCGCGCAGUCGGAGCUCACAUCCAUCUUGACCUGCCACGCAUCGUGGUCAUCGGAAACCAAAGUGCAGGGAAGUCUAGUCUUAUCGAGGCCAUAUCGGGAAUCGAAGUGCCGCGCAAUGCUGGCACCUGCACUCGUUGUCCCAUGGAAUGCAGGCUACUCUCAUCGAAGGAAGAGUGGUCCUGCCAAGUCUCUAUACGCUGGGAGUUCGACGCGGACGGUCGGAGCAAGGACCAUGUCGAGCAAGUCCCAUUUGGGGGCUUACUCACGGACAAGUCAGAUGUCGAAUUAAUGCUCAGGCGAGCUCAAACGGCGGUGCUGGACAGCGGGAAACGACCUUUGGCAUACUACGCGAACAUGAAUGCGGGCGAUCUGUACGCGUUGCCUUGGGACCUAUCGACAUUACCUUUCUCGCAGAAUGUUGUUUGCGUCGACAUCUCGGGCCCAGACCUGACCUAUCUAUCCUUUGUUGACUUACCAGGCAUUAUAUCGAACGCCGACGCCAACGUUGUGAAAUUUGUCGAGCGCAUGGUCCAGUCAUACAUAUCAGGCACUUGUCUGAUUGUUGUUGCGCUGUCCAUGGAGACUGAUAUCGAGAAUCAGACCGCCCUUAGGUUAGCUCGCGAGGCUGAUCAUGACGAUUCACGGACCGUUGGUGUCAUGACCAAGGCUGAUAGGUGGCCCGUGAGAUGUAUGGAGGCAAGAGAGAUAGAACUCUGGCUGGAGAUCCUCGAGGGCCGCUCGCAGGACCAUCACCUCCGCCACGGUUACUAUUGCACUCGCCAACCAAACGCCGCAGAGCGUGCUGCAGGCAUCACACCCUCAGAGGCUCGCGAGGCGGAAACACUCUUCUUUCAAACAACGGCCCCAUGGGAUACGUCAGCAAAUAAGCAACAUCUUGGAACCGAGAACCUCGUGAGGCACCUCAGCAACAUGCUCGCCGAGAUGAUCAGAGUGUAAGAACACUAGCUUGUCACUAUUCAGUACGCCGAAGUAGCUGACAAGUGUCGUGGUUUGAAGGUCUACCGCGACUUGAGGGUGAC